CUCUGUCACGUUGCCUUCCCUUUCCACGCCGGCCGCAUCUAUCCGAUCGACUGAUCGGUAAUCGCCGCCGCAGGGCUCUCGCAUCUUCUCCCCCGGUCCGCCGCCCAAACCUCCCUCCAUAAGCCGCCGGUUCGUGAACCUCAUGGUCUACGGGAGUAUCGGCCGCUACCGCCAUCCUGUCACCACUCUGCACCGCAUCAACCCGUGGAGAUGCUUCUACCCAACAACACAGCAGGCACUGGCCGCGGCUGAAAACAGCAACGGCGUCACCGUGGAGGACGCUCGGCUACCUCGUGCCGCCAUAUCCUUCUACGAUCCCGUCGAGGAGGAAACCAUCGGCGACAGGCACUUCGCCUCCCUCGGCAGCAGCAGCAGCAACGGCAUCAUCUCCAUGCACCCCGACGGGAACACUUUCCUCUACGACGGCGCCUCCCGCGGCCUCCGCGUGAUGCCCGCGCCGCACUCGCCCAAGAAUUCUUCGGUCUUCCUCACCGUCGGGGACGGCCUCUAUAUCCUCGAGAAGAACCCUGGGGCGGACGAGGAAGACCAUUCCUUCGAGGCCCUCAUCCACCACGCACCGAGCGAUGGGAGACGCUUCACCGACGAGAAUUGGUACUGGCGCUCUCUCCCGCCGCCUUCCUAUGCCUAUGAGGACUACGAGUGCCAGAAGGUGGGGGACUACUACGACGGGAGGGACCCCUACGGCAUCCGCGCCUACGCGGUGGUCGGCGACUCGCAGAUAUGGAUAUCCACGAGGGGUGGUGGCACCUUCUCCUUCGACACGACAAGCGGCGGCGUGUGGAGCGAGGCCGGCGACUGGGCGCUGCCGUUUUACGGCCGCGUAGAGUAUGCCCCCGAGCUCGGGCUCUGGUUCGGUUUCACGUCGGAGGGCAGGCAGUUGCCGCAGUUCGCUGCCUACGACCUUGGCGCGGCAUCCCCGACGAGCCCACCGGUGCUUCGCAAAGUGUGGGACGAGCUCGCGCAACCGCCGCCGCCGCGGUGGGUCCCGCUGAUGGGCUUCCUCCUGCCUCUGGGUGGAGGCAAGUUUUGGGUCGCCAGGAUGUUCGACCUGGCGCAUAAAGGCUGGUGCCGGGGGAAGAGCGGCAACGACUACCUGGACGUGGAGGUCGUGCGUGGCAGCAGAGGGGCGCUCAGGAUGAUCAGGCACAAGUCAAGGCGUUACAGCGUCGGCUGCACGUUCGCCGAACUGCUGUGAGGUGAACUCCGUUUGUAACGGGUGUUCUAGCCGAGAAUAAUCCACCAUUGUAUGGUCGAAGUAAUAAGUUUUCUAGGCCAAAUCAAUCAGCAUACAUGUUCAACAUGUAAAAAAAAAGUUUUCCUGUGAUUAUUAUGGCCUAUGAUCAAACUAGUUUGAACAAGUAAGCAGAAUUGAGAUUGCGAUAAGGAGGAUUUAGUU